UGCGCUCGUAUGUGGGAGCACGUGGUUUCUCAGCGCAGCCCUGCGGGCGCACCACUUCCUCUCACGUUUGGAUUCCUUCACUUUUUGAGUUUCUCCGGUUACUGCUGCGGGUACCAUCACAGUGCUGAGCUAGGAUACACCCUCACCUCAGCAUCUUUUUCAAACUACCAGAUAAAUCAGAAGAUCGUUUUUUUUCUUCUCCUGUUGACUUUGUAACUCCUACGUUCAUUCCCCACUUUGGACAAAGUUCAUUCCUCUUUCUGCUGCAGCAUCUGAGGCGCAGCUCUGACGUUACCUGCGCUGAAGGAGGUCGUCUGCAGCCUUGAGAGCUACGGAUGGGGGUCUGAACUUUUAUUUAUUUCAUUUUUAAUUAUUCUAAAACCACGGGACAGUGGGAUACUCGCAGAUCCAAGGCGCUGUGCUGCUGUGGCGCUCAAUUGGAAGAAAGAUUUUGGGCAAAUGCCAUUGCGAUGCUCUGGAUGUGACUUCAAACAACAGUUCCACAACGGUAGAGUCUUGUAAACCACAAUGAAAGACGACUUUGCUGAUGAAGAGGAGGUGCAGUCCUUUGGUUAUAAGAGGUUUGGAAUUCAGGAGGGCACAGAGUGCACCAAGUGUAAAAAUGACUGGGCACUGAGGGUGGCCAUUGCACUCCUCUAUGUGCUCUGUGCCCUGCUCACCAUAGCGGUUGCUGUCCUCGGGUACAAAGUGGUCCAGAGAAUGGACAAUGUCACAGAGGGAAUGCAGAAUUAUGGAGGCAAGAUCAAUGCUGUGGAGACAGAUCUGAAGAAACUAGAUGAUCAGGCAGGAGAGAAGUCAAUUAAUGCCACCAGUGAAAUCAAGACUUUCAAAUCAGAUCUUGAGGCGUUACAGAACCAACUGAAUGACAUUGCCCUCAGGGCAACCAGCAACAGGGACAUCCUAGAUGAGCUCCGGAUCACAGGAGAUGACAUGCAAAACGGUCAUGUGUCCCUGCAGAGUUUUCUGGAAGGCAAUGCUGCUUCAUUGCGGGGGCUAAACCAGACCCUGACUUCCUACAGUGGCAUGAUUGACAACCUCCAGACAGACACUGCACGGCUCCAGUCAGAGAUACAGGGCCAGGUCAAAGUGCAGAGCCAGACCCAGGUUGGGAUCAGUUCGCUAAACAUCACCCAGUCCCAGCAGCGCAAUCUGCUCAGCACUCUACAAAAGACGGUCGAAGAUGCAGGCCUAGCUGUGCAGAAACUGAAGAAUGAUUACCAGGGUCUACAGCAGACAGCCAGACAGAACCGGGCUGACACAGAGUGGCUUAAGGAAAAGGUCCAGAAUCUCCAGGUUUUGGCAGCCAACAAUUCAGCCCUGGCACGGGCCAAUGGGGAAGCUCUUGAGGACUUAGGGGCUCAGCUCAACACACUAGCCAGCCAGAUCCAGAACACCUCAACUCUCACUGAGGGACAUGACCAGAGCAUGCGUGAGCUGAUGGACCACCAGAGAGACCACGAUAACGCCACCUCAUCUAAAUUUGAUGAGCUGGAAGCACGAUUAGACAGACAUGAGAAUGACAUGGACCGCGUGACUGGAAACGUGAGCUUUGCCACGCAGCUCCUAGGUGCCAUCAGCUCUGACCUGAAUGGCCUGAGGUCCUGUGCUGAGACAGUGAUGCGGCAUUCAGACCUGUUACUGGGGCUGAACGUUAGCGUGACAGAAGCCAAGGCAGAGAGCAAAGACCUGCGCGUCCAGCAGGAUGAGCUGGCAGUCAGGUUGGACAGAGAGGUCAACAACCUGUCUAUUGUGAUGGAGGAGAUGAAGGUGGUGGACAGCAAGCAUUCUCAGCUCAUCACCAACUUCACCAUCCUGCAGGGUCCACCAGGUCCAAGGGGCCCCAGGGGUGACAAGGGUCCCCAGGGACCAGUGGGCCAGCCAGGGCAAAAGGGUGAGAAAGGAGACAAAGGGAUGCCAGGAUUGGUGGGACCUAAAGGAGAGAAAGGUGCUGUUGGACUACCAGGUGCAAUAGGUCCAAAGGGUCCACCUGGUGCUCGAGGUCUUCCGGGGGCUAAAGGAUCGAGAGGGUCUGGAGGGCGACCUGGAAACCCUGGUGAUAAAGGUGACCCUGGGGCUCCAGGGCUUCCUGGUAGGGAUGGACCACCAGGAAUGCCAGGACCACAAGGGCCACAAGGGCCCAGAGGAGCAGCAGGACCUGCAGGGCUGGAUGGGCCUCGUGGGCCUGUUGGACCCAUUGGCCCUCCUGGUCCUCCAGGGCUACCAGGGAUAUCUGCGCCUGUACCUCCUAUAGUUAUAAAGCCAUUCCAGCCCACUCAGGUCCCUGAGCCUCUCAAACCAGCAGAGGAACCUCAGGGCUCUGUGUCCCGGCAGGUCCAGCCCUCUGUCGUCCCUACUGCAACAUCUGGGUGCCCGCCUGAGUUCAGAAAGUUUGGAGACAGCUGCUAUUACUUCUCCUCUGGUUCUCAGAGACUCAACUUUGAUGAGGCCAACCAGUUUUGUACAAACAUAUCGUCUCAUAUGCUCAUUAUCAAAGACAAUGAGGAACAGCAAUUUGUGAGAAAUGCAAUUGCUGGAAAAGGUUAUUUCUGGCUUGGCCUUACUGACAGGGAGGAGGAAAAUGUCUGGAAGUGGGUGGAUGGCACCAUACCUGUGUUCAAGAAGUGGAAGCCUGGCCAGCCUGAUAACUGGACCCAUGGUCAUGAAGAUGGCGAGGACUGCGCUGGUCUAAUCCAUAAUGCCAACUGGAAUGAUUUCUACUGCACUGACCGUAUUGGUUUCAUCUGUGAACGUGCCUCUGACUGCACUUUACAACACAGUAUGGUGCAGAAGACAGAACAAGCACAGAGCCAGCCCACUAUGGGGAAGGCGAAAUCUGUUGUUGUCGAUACACCAGCAAUGCCUCUCUUCACGACCAACCCAUUUGACCAAGAUGUUGAGAAAGCAACCAGUGAGAUGAACACAGCUGAGGACUGGGGCCUCAUCCUGGACAUAUGUGAUAAGAUAGGACAGUCACGCACUGGGCCUAAAGAAUGUCUCCGCUCUAUAAUGAGAAGAGUGAACCACAAGGAUCCUCAUGUGGCCAUGCAGGCACUGACUCUUCUUGGUGCUUGUGUCUCAAACUGUGGGAAGAUUUUCCACCUGGAGGUGUGCUCCAGAGAGUUUGCCAGUGAAGUCAGUAAUGUCUUAAACAAGGGCCACCCCAAAGUGUGUGAGAAGCUGAAGGCCCUCAUGGUGGAGUGGGCAGAGGACUUCCGCAAUGAUCCACAACUCAGUCUGAUCUCAGCAAUGAUUAAGAAUCUGCGUGAACAGGGUGUCACUUUCCCUGCAGUGGGGUCCCAGGCUGCAGAGCAAGCAAAAGCAAGCCCUGCUUUAGUGGCAAAGGAUCCGUCCACCUCAACAAACAAAAAAGAAGAGGAAGACUUGGCCAAAGCUAUUGAGCUGUCACUGAAGGAGCAGCGUCAGCAGCCGCAGACCUCCCUGUCAAGCCUUUACCCGAGCACCUCCAACCUGCUCUCCUCGCACAAGUCAGAUGGCAGAAAAGUCCGCGCCAUCUACGACUUUGAGGCCGCUGAGGACAAUGAGCUCACCUUCAAGUCAGGAGAAAUCAUCACCAUCCUGGACGAUAGUGACCCCAACUGGUGGAAAGGGGAAACUUACCAGGGAAUUGGGCUGUUCCCAUCUAACUUUGUAACUGCUGAUCUCACUGCAGAGCCUGAGAUGAUAAAGACAGAGAAGAAGACAGUACAGUUCAGUGAGGACAUCCAGGUGGAGACCAUAGAGCCGGAACAAGAACCUGUAUAUAUAGAUGAGGACAAAAUGGAUCAGCUACUGCAGAUGAUCCAAAGUGCAGAUCCCACAGACAACCAGUCAGACAGCGUUGAGUUACUACAGCUUGAAGGUGCCUGCAAUCAAAUGGGACCCCUCAUUGACCAGAAGCUGGAGGAUAUAGACAGGAAGCACUCGGAGCUGUCAGAGCUGAACGUGAAGGUGAUGGAAGCUCUGUCUUUGUAUGCCAAGUUGAUGAAUGAGGAUCCAGUCUAUGCCAUGUAUGCCAAGCUGCAGAGCCAACAGUACUACAUGCAGCAGCCUGCCAAUGCAGCACAACAGGUCUACCCUGGUCAGCCUGCAUCAGGUUCAUAUGCCAUGAGCGGUACUGCAGUGCAGGGUUACACUGUUCCCAUGGAGCAGCUUCCGGCUGGAACCCCCAUACCUGGCCAGCCAGCUCCUGGUGACGUUCAUAUGUACAUGGGCCAGCCGCCAGUCUACACUGCAGCUCCAGGCAGCAUGGCCCCAGCAGACGUUCAGUCCUACCAGAACCCAGCCACCGCCCCGGGCCCCGCCCCAGGCACGACUCCCACAGGCAUGACGCAGACACCAAACUACAGCACCCCCUCCGGUCCCAGCAUAGCACCUUCCUCAGACGCCGCACAGGCCCCCUACUCAGAGAAAGCCUUGCUAUAGGGCCCCCUUAGCUCACUGGUGUCCUCACACAUAAACACACACACACACAUGCAUCAGACCUGAUCAAAUAGUGGUCUUAGAUCAUUUCUUUUAUUAUAUUUUUAUGAUUUGUUUUAUCAUGAAACACCAGAUGGAUGGGAAAAAUACAAAAAAGAGUAGACUAUCCUUGACCUUUGACACACUUUUUUUUUUUUAUCCGGGCGCUAUACAAAUAAAUAUACAGUUACAGUUACACUUCUCAGUCCAGGUUUAGAAGUGAUCAUGAGCUUUUUAUUUGAAGAGCCCACACAAAGCUACACAUGGCCUAAAAUGGACUCUGUGUUCUUUGUUUAUGUUCUUGCAUUUUCUCCUCCAUGUCUUCACUUGAUUUUUAGAUGUGCAGACAUGGAGGAGGUUUCAGCUGCACUUUCAUCUUCAGUUGCACUUAUUUAAUUUUUUCGUCAUCAUUCAAGCCUGAUCACUUCCAAAUCUAGAUCUAAUAGCAAUAUAUGCAUUGUCCAUUUUUAUGUACAAGACCUGACACUCAUUGUUUCCUGCCAUUGGCAGGAUUGUGGGAAAAAUAGUGUUAACCAUUUAUUUUCUGGGUUGGUACGUUAUUAAUUUCCCAGGAAGUUUCUUGGAAAGAACUAUAUAGUUAUGUACUAGUUCUAGAGGAAAUGAGACAAGUUCCUGUAGUUAGGCUUUAGUUGGAAUUUAUAGGCAGUUUUUGAUAAAUUCCAGAGGAAUUUCUUUAAAAUAAAAAGGCUCUAUUUAAACCUAGGUAAAACAAAACAUUUAUUCUUCAUACUCUAUACAGUGUGUUUGUUUGUAGACUGUUUGUAAUUUCACAUUCUUGCAUGCUCAGCUGACACUAGCAGUUAAUUUAAAUUAAUCACUCAGAAGUGUAGCAGUUUGUACAGUACUUUAUUGAUAAUUAGUACCUAAUUCCAUAUCUCUUUCCAAGAAACUUUGAAGGAAAUAAUUAAGAAAUUACAGACCCGUUAAAUAAGGCAUUGCCAAAUUGCUUUGAGAAAACAAGUGUAACUGUAACCACUUCAACCUAACAUGUCACGUAUGCAAUUACUAACCCCCAGCAUGCACACUGGAUACACACAUACGAUACCCAAACACACUACAGGCAGGUGUAACAAUAGUUGACAUAUUACAAAAUAUAGUUACAGCACUCAGUUCACACAUCCUCAGCUGUAGGUGAUAAUUUACCUUCACUCACACACUAACACGGAGAGAAAUCCACAUGCCACAGCCUUCUCACACAUUUAAAGCAACUACAGUGCUAAUCACGUCACAAAAAAGGGGCGUUGACUUACAUUUACAUUUCUUUCUUUCUUUUUUUUAUAUCAGAAAACGGACAUUUAGCAAUGCUCAAAACGUUAGGCUACUACAGUCUGUAUAUGUUGUCAACUUUUAGAAGUACUGAAAACUGAAGCCACUUUGUUUUUUGGAGGGAAAAGAAACAAGAGGAAUUCAAGCAUGCACAUGACUCUUGUAUAUACUGUACUGAACUAGUAGUGAAGCCACAUGAUGACCUCAUGGGUGGGGUGUAUGUUAACACAGCUCCGGGUGUUUUGCUCAGCCUUAAAGGUGAACUCUGCAGUCAUGAUGUCCCAGGUGACUUAAAA